AUGGACCUUGUCAAUCACACAUGGACCCAGGUUUUUCUCCUUGCUGGUUUCACUACCACUGGGGCCCUGCGACCUCUUGCUUUCCUGGGGACACUGUGUAUCUAUCUCCUCACCCUGGCAGGGAACUUGUUCAUCAUUGUCCUGGUUCAGGCAGACUCGAGACUGUGCACACCCAUGUACUUCUUCAUCAGCGUCCUCUCCUUCUUGGAACUCUGGUAUGUCAGCACCACAGUGCCCACGCUGCUGCACACCUUGCUUCACGGGCGUUCACCCAUCUCACCCACUGUGUGCCUUGUCCAGCUCUACGUCUUCCAUUCACUGGGCAUGACUGAGUGCUACCUGUUGGGCGUCAUGGCACUGGACCGCUACCUUGCCAUCUGUCGCCCCCUCCACUACCAUGCUCUCAUGAGCAGACGGGUACAGUUAUGGCUGGCAGGGGCCACUUGGGUGGCUGGCUUCUCAGCUGCACUUGUACCAGCAAGCCUCACAGCCACUCUGCCCUUCUGUUUAAAAGAGGUGGCUCAUUACUUCUGUGACCUGGCACCACUAAUGAGGUUGGUGUGUGUGGACACAAGGUGGCAUAAUGGGGUCCAUGGGGCAGUGAUUGGUGUGGCCACAGGGUGCAAUCUUGUGCUCAUUUUAGGACUGUAUGGGGGUAUCCUGAGAGCUGUGCUGAAGCUGCCCUCAGCUGCCAGCCGAGCCAAGGCCUUUUCCACCUGCUCCUCCCACAUAACUGUUGUGGUGCUUUUUUAUGCUUCUGCCUUCACAGUUUAUGUGGGCUCACCUGGGGGUCGCCCUGAGGGCACAGACAAGCGUAUUGCCUUAGUGUAUGCCCUUCUUACUCCCUUUCUCAAUCCUAUCAUCUAUACGCUUCGAAACAAGGAGGUGAAGGAGGCUAUGAAAAGGGUCAGGGUCAGGAUACGGACCAUGUUGAAGGAAGCUUGA